UGGAAGUUUGCUGGAUCCCGCAAAUGGUCAGGUGGACAUUUCAAAUGGUACUUUGGUCGGAAGUCAAGCUGUAUAUAGCUGCAUGUCUGGAUAUGCUCUUCAUGGAGAACAGACGAGAAAGUGUCAAGUACAUGGGGCAUGGAAUGGUUUGCAGCCAAUCUGUCAGCCGUUAGGUGGAGGACUUACCUGUUUAGGCUGUAAAGAUAUGUCCCAUCUGUAUCUAUGUGAUACCGUAACAGCAUGUUCAAACGGACAGGUAUGUUAUGUGGAAACGUACAAAACCAAUGGUGGUCAAGUGAAAUACAACAGUGGAUGUGUGGACUCUCACCAAUGUGUCGGUUGGAAACAACAAAGAAGUAAAAGAUCUGCCGAGUGUGUACACUGCUGUUCGUCGCAACUGUGUAAUGCCAAUGGGUGUGGAAGUCAGGGGCUACCCUCUCCAGAUUUACGCGGACCUCUGUGUUAUGACUGUUCUUACGUUUCCAACAUGGAGGAGUGUAAAACAGUGAAACUGUGUGCACAAGAUGAGGUGUGUAGCAUUGAGAAGUAUGACUGGGGUGGUGUGUAUGAUCAUUACACAGCGAAAUGCCACAGCAUGCAGUGUAUUUCCCACAAGAGGUCAUUCAACCAGUAUGUCUCAUCAGCACGGACAUCACGCUCAACGCCCGUGUGUCAAAACUGCUGCAGCUCCGACCUUUGCAAUACCAAUUGCAACGUGACGUCACAGGGUGGCGCUGGAGUUGCUAUUGUUGGCUGAAUGUAGCAUCUGGCUCCUGAACAGUCGUUGUUUUUUUUUUUUG